ACAUUGUUUUGGUAUUCGCCUGCCAGUUAACUUCUUGUUUAUAUUUAUUUGCAUGGCAAUUAUUGAAAUAAAACCAUCCGCAGCAUGUUAAAGCAGUGUCUUAUCAAUGUGGACUUCUCGCGACUGCAUGCAAAUCAGCAGCUGCGCCCAAAAUGCGGUGAGAUAUUUUACGAAAGCGACAACGAGUACUGCAGCUUCCAGUUGGUUUGCUGCCUCUGCGAAAUGAAGCACUUUGCCUUUGACGAUUUCUCAAUGCACAUACGCAAUGUGCAUUUCGACAGCCAUGGAAAGCCGCGUACACAUGCGGCCACCGCCAUGGCGCAUGCAGACACCAUUGAGGUACAGGAGCAGUUCCAUCUGAUUAAUUCAACACCAAGGCCAAUGCCAGAAUUAGGGGCCAGUGAAUGCAGCGAAGCUGUAUCAGAUAAUGGAUCGGAUGAUGGUGACGACGUCGCUAAAGCAGUGACCAUUAAGCCAUUGCGUGUCUGCGCCUUCAAUGAGGUCAAAUUGGAGCAAGCGUCGAUGGAAGCCAACGAAAAUGCUGAAUGCGAAGACAGUUCCCAUAGUGCAGACGAACUGGACACAGAAGAUGUUCAUGGCUUUAGCGAUGCCGAUGACGAUGCUGAUAGCGAAAUGGAAAUGCAGUCUGUUUUUAGGAAAGAACGGCAACCCAAGGAGUACAACUGCAAAUACUGUGCUGGCAAAUACACGACGCUAAAAUACCUAAACAUACACCUUAAAAUGAGUCAUCCGCAUCCGAAGGGCUUUAAGUGCAAUGAUUGUGAUGCCGCCUUCGAUGUGGAUCGAGCCCUGGAAACGCAUCGUCGCAAGGUGCAUACAGAGUUUACAUGCAACCUGUGCAACAAGGUUUACAAAAGUUCGCGCACGCUUUUACGCCAUGUCCAAGGUCACUCUGGUCUGCGAAAGUACAAAUGCGAGCACGAGAGCUGCGGCAAAUCCUUUGUCAGCCAGCACAAUCUCACCUCGCAUCGGCGUGUGCACAGCACGGAACGGAAUUACAUCUGCGAGCUGUGCGGCUAUCGUUCGCGCUACCGCGAUGCACUAAUUGUUCAUCGACGCACGCACACCGGCGAGAAGCCAUUCAAGUGCCAGACAUGCGAGCGGUGCUUUGCUUCCAAGUCGCUGCUCAAUGAGCACCAAGCCAUGCACUCAACGGAUCGGCCAUACAAGUGCGAUAAAUGCGAGGCUGCAUUUUCGCGCCCCAAAGCGCUCUACCACCACAAACAUCUGCAUUUGGGCAUUAAAAAGUUUAAAUGCAAAAUCUGCGGCAAUGCUUAUGCCCAGGCAGCUGGUCUCUCGGCGCAUAUGCGCGGCCACAAAGCUCAGGCCGUCAGUGGCAUUGUCGAUGCUGGAUCAGCGAUGCUGUGUCCGCCCUAUUAGUAUACGAAGCGGCCUGGCUUAGAGCAUAAAGCUUAGUUAUCAUAUUAAUUUUCAUUAGAUUUAGUCGAACAAUAAGCAAUUGUGCGAUAAUUAAAACAAAAUCAAGUCUGGCAAAAUCUGUCGAUUACGUAUCGAGACCCUGCAGGGUAUUACAAUUAUUGUAUAAAAUGUGCAACACAUUUGAAAAAGGUGUCUUUGACCUUAUAAAGUAUUAUUUUUUUUAUAAGUAACAAUUGAUUUGAAGCUUAAAGGCCGUCGCCCACGUUAAGCAUUCAAUCAUAUUCUGUGAAACUGAAGUUGUUUAGUUAAACGUACUAGUUGGUAAACAAA